AUGCCUCUCGACACAUCUACAUACUCACUCGCAUUACUGCGACUUGAUGGCAGAAGGUGGAACGAGUUACGAAGACUGACGGCCCAAAUCAGCACCCAAGUCGCCGCAGAUGGCUCCUCUUACCUCGAGAUGGGAAACACAAAAGUGAUGUGUACAGUUGCUGGUCCCUCUGAAGCAAAGGGUGCAGGAGGCGUACGACUAGGAAAUGAUAGAGCAGAUAUCAGAGUCUCAAUCAGCAUCGCAGGAUUCAGCGGCGUAGACAGGAAGAAAAGUGGGAGAAAUGAUAAGUUCGUCCCUCCUCUCCAGCUCUCAAUUGAAGCGCAAAACACCCAGACAGAGAGAAAAUUCUGGGCAGAUACUAAUCAAACUUCUCAUACAGACGUCUGAUGGAGAUGCAACACACAAUCGCAAGCGCCUUCGCCCAAAACCUCUUCACGAAACUCUACCCGCAUUCCACCAUCUCACUCUCCAUCCACGUCCUCUCGCAAGAUGGUUCUCUCCUCGCGGCCUGUAUCAAUGCCUGUACAAUAGCACUCAUCGAUGCCGGUGUCCCAAUGCAUGAUUACAUUUGCGCUUGCACUGCGGGAUCCACAUCGAGUUAUAGCAGUAAUGAUGAAACGGCCGAUCCACUACUGGAUUUGAAUACCAUGGAGGAACAAGAAUUACCGUUCUUGACGGUUGCUACGAUGGGCGAAUCAGACAGUGUGAGUGUUUUGAUUAUGGAAACGAAGGUCCAGGUGGGGAGAUUGGAGGGGAUGCUCGCGGUUGGUGUGGAUGGUUGUAAACAGGUCAGGGCGAUUUUGGAUGGUGUAGCGAGAGCGAGAGGUACAAAGAUGCUCGAGGGUAGCCGUAUGUGA